CUCUGCCUGUGGUCAGGAGCAACAUCCGCCCACGGACUGGGGAGGAAGUGUCAGCAGAGACGCAGACCCGGGACAGACGGCGGAGAUCCAAGCGCAGGACCUUUCCCCGCGGCCCCCACCGCCGUUGCGUCGGCCGCCAUGAGCAAGACACACACUCCAUCCACCCUGCUCUCCGAGCACGAGAACCAGGCCCUCUGCGAGCUCCUCGAGCGCAAGACACAGAGCCUGGCCACGGCGGUGGUGCAGGUCUACCUGGCCCUCCCUGACAGCAGCCACACGUGGACGAGGGAAUGUGUCGGCAUCGCCUGCUUCGUCAAGGACAAUCCCAAACGCUCCUACUUUAUCCGAGUGUUCAGCCUGAAGAAGGGGUGCUUGGUGUGGGAACAGGAGCUGUACAACCAGAUCGAGUACCGCAAGUCCCGGCGGUACUUCCACACCUUCGCUGCUGACGGGUGCGAAGCCGGUCUGAACUUCGCUGACGAACAGGAGGCAGACGAUUUCCAUAGCAUCAUUCAGGAGAAAAUUCGACUCCGGCAUACCCGACACGAGAAACGGCAGCAUGGCCCCACUCCUCCACCCCACGUCCCGGAGGGCAAGAGGCCAACAGCGCCGCUCCCCCAGGUCCCAUUGAAGGAUCACAGUGGCUCCGAGCUCCAGUCUGUCCAGACCUCCGGCUCGCUGAUGAUGUCCACCAUGCCGAUCCAGAAUCCGGACAUCACCUCAUUCCGGUACCGGUGUUUGCCGGCCUCGGUGCCGGCGGACAAGAAGAAGGGCAAAGCGAAGGGCAAGAAGAAGAUGACCAAGGCCGACAUUGGAGUGCCGAGCAACUUCCAGCACGUUGGACAUGUAGGGUGGGACCCCAACUGCGGAUUCAAUGUUAACGAGAUGGACCCGGACCUGCGGAACCUUUUCCAAAAGGCCGGGAUCAGCGAGGCGCAGAUGACGGACGUGGAGACCUCUAAGGUCCUGUACGACUUCAUCGAGCGGCAGGGCGGCCUGGAGGUGGUGAAGAAGGAGAUGCAGAGACAAGAUAUGGCUCCGACCCCUCCAACCCGCUCUGGACUCCUGCCCCCUGUCCCACCUCAGGUCAGCCGGGUGAGGCAGGGUCCCCUCCCACCUCUGCCCCCAACACCUCAACCCUCCGGCCUGGUCCGGGGAGCGCUCCCUCCACCUCCACACAGGGGUCUGCCACAGAGGUCCGCCCCGCCACCCUUCAACCGCUCCUCCGGCCCCCCUCCUCCUCCCCCUCCUGCCCCGGCGCCGGAGCGCUGUUCUGUUGGCCCUGCACCGCCCCCGCCCCCGCCGCCGCCGCCGCCGCCGCCCCCGCCUUCCUCGGGACCUGCUCCUCCCCCCCUCCCUGCAGGGGGCGCACGAAAACCAGAUCUGUCCAGCUCCGGAGGCCGGGGGGCUCUCCUGGACCAGAUCCGCUCCGGCAUCCAGCUCAAGACGGUGACCGACAUUCCGGAGCCGGCGCAUGCCCCGGAACCGGAGGGAGAGGGGUUAGUCGGAGCCCUCAUGAUGGUGAUGAAACAGAGGAGCAAAGUGAUUCAUUCAUCCGACGAAGGAGAGGACGAUGCAGGGGAUGACGAGUUUGACGAUGACUGGGAUGAUUAGUUGGUUUCGCAGGGACCGGCGGCUCGACCCAGACCACCAGCACCUCUCUCCCAACAAUGCUCAAAUCGGACUGCACGGUCAUUUUAAUUUGAGGGCGUGUGUGGCAUUGAUCAGGGUGGCUGCUGGGUGCAUCGUCCAAUGCCGGUAAUCUCCCUCCACACCGUCCCAUCACACACUCCCGGGGUCAGACACAGGGUGAAACUCCCUCCACACCGUCCCAUCACACACUCCCGGGGUCAGACACAGAGUGAAACUCCCUCCAUGCCGUCCCAUCACACACUCCCGCGGUCAGACACAGAGUGAAACUCCCUCCACACCGUCCCAUCACACACUCCCGGGGUCAGACACAGAGUGAAACUCUCUCCAUACCGUCCCAUCACACACUCCCGGGGUCAGACACAGGGUGAAACUCCCUCCACACCGUCCCAUCACACACUCCUGGGGUCAGACACAGAGUGAAACUCCCUCCAUGCCGUCCCAUCACACACUCCCGGGGUCAGACACAGGGUGAAACUCCCUCCAUGCCGUCCCAUCACACACUCCCGGGGUCAGACACAGGGUGAAACUCCCUCCACACCGUCCCAUCACACACUCCUGGGGUCAGACACAGAGUGAAACUCCCUCCAUGCCGUCCCAUCACACACUCCCGGGGUCAGACACAGAGUGAAACUCCCUCCAUGCCGUCCCAUCACACACUCCCGGGGUCAGACACAGAGUGAAACUCCCUCCACACCGUCCCAUCACACACUCCCGGGGUCAGACACAGAGUGAAACUCCCUCCACACCGUCCCAUCACACACUCCCGGGGUCAGACACAGAGUGAAACUCUCUCCAUACCGUCCCAUCACACACUCCCGGAGUCAGACACAGAGUGAAACUCCCUCCACACCGUCCCAUCACACACUCCCGGGGUCAGACACAGAGUGAAACUCCCUCCAUGCCGUCCCAUCACACACUCCCGCGGUCAGACACAGAGUGAAACUCUCUCCAUACCGUCCCAUCACACACUCCCGCGGUCAGACACAGAGUGAAACUCUCUCCAUACCGUCCCAUCACACACUCCCGCGGUCAGACACAGAGUGAAGCUCCCUCCACACCGUCCCAUCACACACUCCCGGGGUCAAAGACUGAAACUCUCUCCAUUUUCUGCACUUGACUCGGCCGACUGCAGUCGAUGCUCUCUUUCUGACCAAGCCAACCCUGCAGCAUUUUCUUCAGCCACCUUGAAGGCUUUGCCAGCAUCUAGCGCCACUAACCGCUCCGAAUGCAGUACCUGUCCCUUGAACCCCUUUGACUAGAAUAUUCAAUAAAAGUUUUCCACUGGU